AUGGCUGCUCCCGCCACUUCCCACCAAUCAAUUCCUCUUAUUACUCCCUACAGGAUCGGAAAAUUGGAUCUUUCUCAUAGAGUUGUGUUGGCACCACUCACCAGGCAGCGAUCCUACAAAAACGUUCCCCAACCCCAUGCCGUCCUCUAUUAUUCUCAGAGAACCUCCAAUGGCGGCCUUCUCAUUGCCGAAGCCACUGGCGUUUCUGAUACCGCUCAAGGGUAUCCCGACACGCCUGGCAUAUGGACGAAAGAGCAAGUGGAAGCAUGGAAACCCAUCGUCGAUGCCGUUCAUGCCAAAGGCGGUAUCUUCUUUUGUCAGAUUUGGCACGUAGGAAGGGUUUCAAAUCCAGCUUAUCAGCCAAAUGGACAAGCACCCAUAUCAUCUACGGACAAGCCACUCAAACCACAAAUGCGAAGUAACGGCAUUGAUACAGUGCAAUUCACUCCACCACGGCGCCUACGUACCGAUGAAAUUCCUCAAAUUGUCAAUAACUUCAGACUUGCUGCAAGGAAUGCCAUCGAAGCAGGUUUUGAUGGGGUUGAGAUCCAUGGGGCACAUGGCUACCUACUUGAGCAAUUUAUGAAAGACGGGGUGAAUGACCGAACAGAUGAAUACGGUGGAUCCCUUGAGAACCGGUGCCGAUUUCCUUUGGAGGUUGUUGAAGCUGUUGUUAACGAGAUAGGAGCGGAUAGAGUUGGAAUUAGGUUAUCUCCUUUUGCAGAAUAUGCAGAUAGUAUCGACUCAAAUCCCAAACAAUUGGGCCUUUACAUGGUUAAUGCCCUCAAUAAAUAUGGUAUUCUGUACUGUCACAUGGUGGAGCCGAGAAUAAAAAAUGGUGUAGAACAGGUUGAAUGCCCUAACAGCCUGGUGCCUAUGAGAAAGGCCUUCAAUGGCACUUUUAUAGCUGCUGGUGGUUAUGACCGGGAAGAUGGGAACAAUGCCAUAGCUGAAAACAGGGCUGAUCUUGUUGCCUAUGGUCGAUUGUUCUUGGCUAAUCCAGAUUUGCCAAAGAGAUUUGCUCUCAAUGCUCCUCUGAACAAGUAUAAUCGUGAGACAUUCUACAUUAGCGAUCCGGUUCUUGGGUACACUGACUACCCUUUUCUAGAUGAAGAACCCAACGGUGUAGCAUCCUAG